UGAGGCUUGGAAGUGAUUCUGAAGCUGUGCUCUGCCUCGUUCCUCCUCUGUAAGGGAGAAUAGAUAAGAGAUAACGUGGGUAUAGCGUCUCAAUUUCUAUGUACAGUUAUUCAUCAAUGGAGGCUGGAACCAACAUUCUUUCUUCAACUCCUUCAUUUCCUCCAAGAACUCAUUUUAGAAAUUCUUCUUCUUCAGUUUUAAUGCUUCAUGACCAAGUAGCUCCUGCAGUUGCCUCAAUUCCAACAACUAUUGCUCGAAAAUUUCCUGCUUCCGUUCUUUUGCAAGAGCAGCGUGAUGAGUAUAGGCCUUUUCCACAGGCACUCAAGGAUGAGAGAACAUUCCAGGCAACAUUGGAGAAGAGGCAGAUGGAGAUUGUGGUCUCAGCUGAUGAAGAGAACUCUGAUGAUCAUGAUCAAUACAUGGUGGACUUUGAGCGCCGGUUGCUUCUCCAGCCUGGUUUAUGGUAUUCAUUGCCAUCCUCCCAAACAGGAGAAAAGUCACCCUUUUCCUCGAGUAUUAUGAAGUCUAUUACAACUGAUAUUGAGAAUUCUAUGGAUGUUAAACCAUGCGAUGUGCUUGCACUUGCUAAGAAAGCUUUAUCAGCCUCAAAACAAGCAGUCUCAUUAUAUGAGAAUGCAAAACUCGUUGGAGCUGAUCUUGAGGAUUCUCCUUCUCCUAGUUUGGGGGCCAUAAGUUCACCUAAUCUUCCACUCGAGGAGAAAACAGUGAGGUCAACACGGCUUCUAGAGAGGCGAUCUAAAAAAAGAAGGAAUCCAAAAGUUGCAGUUCAUGAAAACCAUGGUUCUAGAAGGGCAGAGGUACAAAGAAAGAUAAAUGAAGGGUAUGAUCCAAAAGACCCUCUUCGUUUAUUCUUGUGGGGUCCAGAAACUAGAAAACUUCUUACUGCUAAAGAAGAAUCUGAAUUGAUUGUUCAGAUACAGGAGCUAAUGAGAUUAGAAGAGGUGAAGAAAAGGCUUCAAUCUCAUCUUAAGCGUGAGCCGACAGUGGUUGAAUGGGCUGAAGCUGUUGGGCUUAGUUGUCAAGUCUUGCAGUCACAACUUCACUCUGGAAACCGUAGCCGGCAAAAGCUGAUUUAUGCUAAUCUUCGUAUGGUGGUUCAUAUUGCUAAACAAUAUCAGGGGCGUGGUCUCAACCUUCAGGACUUAUUACAGGAGGGAAGCAUGGGUCUUAUGAACAGUGUUGAGAAGUUCAAGCCAAAUGCUGGUUGCCGAUUUGCUUCUUAUGCAUACUGGUGGAUAAGGCAAGCAGUUAGGAAGGCCAUAUUUCAACAUUCCAGGACAAUCCGUUUGCCAGAGAAUAUGUAUAGCCUCCUGGGCAAGGUAAAGGAAGCAAAGAGACUGCUCAUUCAAGAAGGGCAUCAUGACCCGACAAAAGAGGAAAUUGCAGAACGUGUUGGAAUUACAAUUGAGAAGUUGCAAAGACUGCUACUACACACAAGGAUGCCACUUUCAAUGCAACAGCCUGUGUGGGCAGAUCAAGAUACCACAUUUCAGGAAGUCACUGCAGACACUGGAAUUGAGAUCCCAGAUGUGAGUGUGGGAAAGCAACUGAUGAGGCAACAUGUAAGGAACCUCCUACAUGUUCUCACUCCUAAAGAAAGGCGGAUAAUUCGACUAAGAUUCGGCAUUGGGGACGGCAUUCCCAGAACACUGUCUGAAAUUGGGCUUGUGUUUGGGUUUUCUAAGGAGAGAGUGCGUCAGCUGGAGCAACGAGCACUUCACAAGCUCAAACAGUGUCUCAGCAGCCAUGGUCUGGAGUCAUAUACUGAUUUACUUGUUUAAAUGUUAACAAAUAUUCAUGAGUUUUGGCCUUUGGAACUCUUUCGAAGUUGAAAGGAAGCUUUGAAGCUGAAUUUACCAGCUACUGGUAGCUCAACUGAUUAUGAGAGAGCACCCUGAAUGGGGUUUAGGCAUUUUCUCAAGUGGUUUGUUAAUAUGUUCUUUGUAUCGCCAAAUAGAACGCUAAUCUGUGUUCUGUAAGUGAAUGUUUAUGUUAAAUAAUCCAAAGUUUAUCAAUGUUUUCUA